CGUCAUACUCUUCGCGCCUCUUCCCCCGGCUUCUGGGUGGCUAAAGUCCGGUGGCAGGAGGCGUAAAGCGGUGCUUUUUCCGAGGCUGUCUGGCGGUGUUUUUGGGGGGGAGCCCCAGUGGCUUAAAAACCCGAGGGAAUCUGGAUAGGGGCCGCCACUCCUAGCCCUCCUUCCUCCGAGUUUGCGACUCCGCGGUCCAAGAUGGACAAAGUCUGUGCAAUUUUUGGAGGCUCCCGGGGCAUUGGGAGGGCAGUGGCCCAGUUAAUGGCUCAGAAAGGCUACCGACUGGCCAUCAUCGCCAGAAAUCUGGAACUGGCCAAAGCCGCCGCCGGUGACCUCGGCGGAGAUCAUUUGGCAUUUAGCUGUGAUGUUGCCAAAGAAUGUGAUGUCCAAAAUACAUUUGAAAAGAUGGAGAAAAAUUUAGGUCGAGUUAAUUUCUUGGUAAAUGCAGCUGGAAUUAACAGGGAUAGCCUUUUAGUAAGAACAAAAACUGAAGAUAUGGUAUCCCAGCUUCAUACUAACCUCUUGGGUUCCAUGCUGACUUGUAAAGCUGCCUUGAAGACUAUGAUUCAACAACAGAGAGGGUCUAUUGUUAAUGUAGGAAGUAUUAUUGGUUUAAAAGGCAAUUCUGGCCAGUCUGUGUACAGCGCCAGUAAAGGAGGAUUAGUUGGGUUUUCGCGUGCUCUUGCUAAAGAAGUAGCAAGAAAGAAAAUUAGAGUGAAUGUGGUCGCACCAGGAUUUGUUCAUACAGAUAUGACGAAAGACCUGAAAGAAGAACAUUUAAAGAAAAUUAUCCCUCUUGGGAGGUUUGGAGAACCUAUUGAUGUGGCACAUGCGGUUGUGUUUCUUUUAGAAUCACCAUAUGUUACAGGGCAUGUUCUGGUAGUGGAUGGGGGAUUACAACUCAUGAUAUAAUUUACAGAUUAUUCAGUUAAAAUAGUGAUUAUAAUCAAAGGCACACUUGGGCUGUUGAUUUAUUUGUAGUUGGGCUGUUGAUACCUACAUGGGUGACAUUUGGUAAUCAAACUUAUUGAUGCUACAAAUACUAUUUCCAUUUUUAUAUGAAUAUGUCUAAAAAGAACAGUGUGUGACCAGUUGUGUUUUCUAAAUGCUAAGAACCUUAUAGGCUGUAGCAAUCUUAACAUAUAGACAUUUGCAAGUGCUAUAAACAGACAAUAUUUUAAUUUACAUACUUUGUUGCGAAAGUGGCAAAAAUUAUAUGGUCUGAUGGUCAUGAAUUAUUUCAUUGUAUCAGGCAAAAUUCUCUAGAAGUUAACCUUGUGAGCCAUUGCUAAGAUAAGAGUAUUUAUAGGGCAUUGGUUAGUUGUCAGUAUUUUAGCAGUCCUGCCAAAGUUAAACAUUGUAUUCCUUUUACAUAUGCCUUAGAAGAUCAAUUUUUAUACAGGUUGGAAAAAAACAUCAGUUAGAUACAGGCAUAAAUUUAGAAUCCAAUUUCUUUGAGUGCAUUACUCCUGAUUAAGCAGCUGGGAAAAAUAAUUUAUAAAUACAAGUGUGGUACAGUUGAUCCAUCCUAUAGAAUUUCUCAAAGUGAUGUGUAAUAAUAACCCUUAAGGUUUUAAUAUCUCGUAUAGUAAUGAGCUACAUAGAUAUUAUCAACUUAGGAAAUAGAAGUAGUUUUUUUGUGUGUGUUUUUUUAUCCUCAAAACACUAAUUUUAGCAAACUACUUAAAAACAGUGUAAGAAAUUAUGACAUUUUAAAAAUUCAGAAUAUUUUGUAUGAGUGAAUGUAAUAAUUUUUAUUAUAAAAUUUUAGAAAUAAUUACUUAUGAAUAGCAUAAAUGAUACUUUAAGUAAAUAUGCAGUAACCGUGAAUAAGAUGUCUUUAUAAGGAACAGUUAAAGCAUUAAUUUUAAAAGAAAAUAUUUGCCCGAGAAUGGAAGACACAAACUGAAAUAUCAGGCAACAUCUAUUUUGCAUUGAACUCUUUUCUGGGGAAUAGUGUGAUAUUUUAAAUGUCACUGGAUUCAUGUUGAUUUUUAUUAUUUAUCAUUUUGAAAUAUGGUUUAGAUAUUUACUGCACUUUAAAAAGUAAGUUUUAUUGGAGCUGAACAUUAUUUUAUGUAAACAGAUUUUAUUUUAUAUUGCAAGUCAGUGCAAAGGUGUGAAUUGGAUGUACUAAAUAAAUGCAAUGUGAUAAAAGUAAUAA